AUGGAUUUUGGAACCUAUGCAUCAGCAUACCCUAACUCUUCACCAUCCUACUCAGACUCUUCAACUCCACGUACACCUUCUCCUCAAUCCAUCGACCUCCUCCCCCCUCACAACUUCAAACACCCAAUCAUCACAGUGCCCACCAUAUUUCAGGAAGAUUCAUACCUCCCGUCUGACGCAGGAUCUAUGAUCCAAAACGACUCUUGGGUCUCUCAAACCAAUUACAACAACUUUCCCCCAUCUCGGGGGUCCCUCCUUCAAGAGUUGUACGAGCCAGACCACACUGAACAAUACCAGAAUGAACAGCAGCAGCAGCAAAUGCACUUGUCGCGACAGUCCGAUCACACUUCGUUCCGUCGCGCCACUUUUCCUUACGUCAGACAUGACCUGCACCCUCACCACAUACCUCACCACCCACAAUUUUAUGAUCAAUACCCCUCCAUGUACAAUGAGCCACUUCAAAUUUCUCCCGAUCUGUCUGAAUCCCAUCAUCCCCAUGAUCCUCAGUCGAUUAAACUCGAGGACACCCCCCUCAUCGUUCCAUCCCAGCUUGGCUUCGCUGCACAUCCACUUCACGGCCACCACCACCCUGGUUUCCUCCCUUCGGGAGCUGGUGGUUCAGUCCCCAUUCAACAUACCGAUGAUGCUGCUAGCAAAGAGACCCAGUACUUGAGACGACGUUGCUUUAAUUGCCACACCACAGAGCCGCCUUCAUGGCGUCGCUCCACACUCAAUCCUGGAAAGAUUGUUUGUAACAAAUGUGGUCUUUAUGAGCGCACCCAUUUGCGCCCACGGCCAUUGCGCUUUGAUGAACUCAGGGCAGGCGGAAAGACGCGUAAACCUGGCGAGAAAAAGGUACAAAAGCCUGCUCCUAUCGCUGGUUCACCCCAGAUUAAGAAGGAGCCGCGAGAGUUCGGUCUUGCAAGACGUAGCUCCGUUUCGAGCACCGCGUCAAGCGGUGGCGCAGUCAGCGACUGGGAUGACAGUGUAUCUGUCUAUUCGUCGCAGCCUCCUACCCCUGGCUCUGUCUCUGGCCCUCCUUCGAACUAUUCGUCACCCUCCAUUGCAACAUUCCCCAUCCCCCGCAGCUCACAGAGCCCACCUAUUGACGCAGGCCCUCAGGGUCCAAUUCGUCUCCCUAACGCCCCAUUGACAGACAUCGCAUCUCUUCAGCAACAGGCGCCGAGGAAGUCAGCAACUGCUCCGGGUUAUUUCCCCCAGCCUCCAGUCUCAUACCAGGGACAGGAGACGUUGCGUCGGGGGUCCAUGCCUAUGCUCUGCGAGCCGCAGCGCCGGGUGCAGUUUGCUUCGCCGCAGAUGGCGGCUCAGUCACUUGCACCCCUGCAGGGUUCCCCAUCUGAAGUGCCCGUUCAACAAUCGCCGGAGAUCACGCAGAUGCAGAUGCCGUCACCUCCAAUGAUGGCCUCGUCUCCUGUUCUCGCAGAGCCGGCCUCAUCUUGA